CUUGAUUUGGAUGCCUCUCCUUUUGCCAUGGUCCAUGAUCUCCUUCGUGCUUGACGCGAAGCCCUUGUGUUUUGCCUCGAGUUGACCUCAGACACUCGGACCUGGAGGUUCCACCAUCGUGCUGUCACGUUGGUUUGCAGGGCAUAAUGAUUAUUAUCAUAAUCUAGGUCCAUGGUCAAUUUUGCCAACUGUGAAAAUAAUAUGCUGGCAUCUCUUUUCGAAGUAUUAAAAAAGAGAAAUCAUCGUGUGCGAAGGCCUGGUCCAGCUUUGUGCACGAGGCGCUCUGCACAACUCGGCUGACUACUGACUGUGCCCGCGAUCGUGUUGCGGGUGUGCUCAUGGUGUUCCCACAGUAUGAACCGUUACUAGUAGCGCAUUGAAGCUCAAGUACCGUUGCCGUGUGCGUCGAUGGCUUGCUACGGAACGAGAAAGGACGGGAGUUAGUGUCAUUCGUGUUGUCAGCUAACGGUUCUGCACGAGGGGUCCUGCAUUUCAGGAAGGGGACACAGGCCCCUGACUACCUCCUCCGCUUCCAAGAGAAACGAGCCGUUCGGUGUCAUACUAACAAAUCCAGCUAUCUGUCGCAGGGCUUGUCAUCAGUGAUUAGUGGUGUCGCGGAUCUGUCAACGCAGCUAGUGGAGAGCCCACAUAUGGUCUCCUCUACUAUGUACAACGCGCCUGGUCUCCCAGGUGGAGCUAGCGGAUCAAGGAAUCGUGGUGCUCUUCUGGCGAAAUGGCUCCUUGCCAGUGUACUGCUCAGCGUAAUGGUGCAGAUAUCCUGUGUAUCGGCAGCAUGGCGGAAAGACAAUGCUCAAGGUUGUCUACACAAGGAGGGAGGUGUAGUGAUAGAGGCAAAUGAAAUCAACGCUUGCCCUGGCACCUGGACUGGCCAUGUCCUGCUGGGCACUUGCAGCGUGUGUGCCGUGGGCUGGCGCGUGUGCUCGUGGCGCGACAACCUCCUUGGUACCAGUCUGGAGACGUCCAACAUGUUCCGGGGUUGCUACGCCAUGGACGCGUCCAAUGACAACGAGACUUGUGGUCCGUGCGUCGAUAACGUCAUCAAUCGCCGACAUCUAGAGCAGCCCAUCAGUAGAACCAUGGCGGGAUUCGGCGCUGACUGUCCCUACCAAGCCAAACAGGAAAGAUCAUGCUUUGGCUCGGACAGGAUCGACGCAUCACGGCCAUCGGCUGAGCACGAAGCGUGCCACUUCCAGGCCGGCGCUAUGACCGGAGCUCUUUGCUGUAGGGAUUCAGAAAAUGAGUGGAGAACAGUGCAUCCUGACAAGACACAGCAGACAUCGCGCAACCCGGCUACGCCAGGGCAGCAUGAGCACUUUCACAGCUCGCACAGAACUGCCGAUGACCUGCCUCUUCCUACAUGUCCCCAUGGUAACCGUGUAGCUGGAACGAUGACGUGGACCUGCACAGUGUCGGUGGAAAUCCAGCAGCUGAGAAAUCCAUCAAACACAGUGGUGACACAUUUGCAGGCACUAGAGAAGAAGUACACUCGGAGUACCGAGCAAACCAUAUGCAUUGAUGAUAAUGAGUGCCUCUCGCAAGCUGCGGAAUGCCAUAGCAGUGCCGUCUGUACCAAUACACGGGGCAGCUACGAAUGCAGGUGCAAGCAGGGUUUCUAUGGCGACGGGAUCACGUGCCACGAUGUGGAUGAGUGUUCCGAGGAAUCACAUAACUGUGGCCGCAACACAGUGUGUCGUAAUCGCCAAGGGAGCUAUUCCUGCCUCUGCCACGGAAACAGCAUUCCUGAGCACGAAGACUGUCCAGUUCUCCCUCAAGUUUGUACAAGCGGCUUGGCUUGCUUCAACAAAGGUGGCUGUAACAGCACGUCGAACACAUGUGUCUGCAGGAAAGGCUUUACGGGAACAAGAUGUGAAAACUCCAGCUGCAGUUCCCCUUGUGCUAAUGGAGGUCGCUGUGUGGGCAAAGACUACUGCAAGUGCAGACCGGGUUGGAGAGGACGAUUUUGUACAAACGCAAUCUGUCCACAAAACUGUAACAAUCGCGGAGAGUGCAUUCGUCCGAAUCUGUGUCGCUGUCGCAAACGGUAUAUUGGUGAUGCGUGUGAAGUUCGAGUGUACCCCAGAACCCUGUAAAGAAGCAGCUACAGCAUGGCUUGUUCACCUAGCAGCUGAAAGUGCCUCGGCCUUAAAAAAGCCACUGAUGACUGGAUAGCCUCUAGUUGUCUUGACAUUGAUUUCCUCCUAGCCUCAGCUACGCUACCAGCUUCAGAGGUUGGGCAGAAAUCUUUCCACUGCCAUGGAUUUCCCUGCAAGUAUCCACAAGGAAAGGACAACUGACAAAACCAACAAAUAAGGUGCGGCUCGAGUGAUAAUGUCAUUUACAAAUUUUCUUUCCUGCCUACCGGGCAGAUUGUUUCAUCGACCACCGCACCAUAACUGCGCUCUCAAGUACACAUACACGGUCUGUGCAGGGCCGAAUGCUGCUGCUUACCCUAUAUUUAUCUACUAGACAAUUUGCUCAAUUUGUAGACAGUCUUGUUUCAUCCUUCGCGUGCCUCAGUGCACCACGGAGAUAUGAAGCCGAUUUGUAAAUGUUAUCUUAGUAUUGAGUUUGCCAUAGUCAUGCCCGCAUUGGGUGUAAAAGUAUCAAUCCCCUUCCCCUCUUGAAUUCGAAUUUCACAUUCUCGGCUAUCAAUAAUAAUAAUUUUAGAAUAGUCCUGAAGCGAACAUUCAGACCUGGGCAGCAUGGCCAAUUUCAAGUCAAUUUUAUGAGAUUUUAAAGCUGCAGCUUGUACACCCUGCUGGCCUGACAAGUACAGUAGCAGGUUUGGCUAGCCUCAUUUCUCUGUUGUUUACUCGGAUGGCACAGUGGGUUGGUCAAAGACCAUGAUUGAGAUACGAGAGGUACCUGGUUCAA